AUGAUCAUAUCACGUGAUAUAUUAGAUCUAUUGGGAAAACGAGAUUUGUUUACAAUUGGAUCUUCUCUUCACAUAAACAAACUAAUAAACAAAGAGGAAAAGGAAAGUGGAAGAAACAUCGGCGGCAACCUCAUAGCAGCCUUUCCCUGGUGUAUACUCGUGGUAUUAUUGACCAAAAGGGUGCAAUUGUUUGAUAUGGAUGUUCAGGAUGGAGAAUCUCCUACAAAUCGUCGUGUUCUGAAUUCUAUAGCGGAGGUUUUCCAGGUGGCGCAGAAGAGUUAUGCUGGUCACAGACGUCAUGUAGCUGUCUUAUACAGGAUUUAUUUGAAAUGUGUGGAGCAAGAGAUAUCAGAUGUGUUUCAUUAUUGGUUUAUCAAAAUGACUGUCAAAAUCUUGCCGCUGAAGAAACAGGAAAUCGUGGGGGAUCGCAUUGUUCGGUUGAUUUCAGGGUUCAUCGCAAAUAUAGAGUCGAAUCUUAACAAGAUGAGAACCGAAGAUGGUAAUGAGCAAAAUGUGAGGAAUUUGGAAGUACAUUUCGGAGGAUUUAUUGAUGGAUUUGUGAGGAAUCUGCUUCGAGGAGUGGAAUCGAAAAAUAAAAACGUACGAUACAGAGUAAUGCAACUUUUGGCCGCAACUAUGGAUAAUAUGGGAGAAAUUGAUGAGGAAUUGUACGAGUUGAUUAUGUGGGUUUUGAAGCAUAGGGUGUAUGACAAGGAACCUCAUGUUAGGAUACAGGCGAUAUUUUGUUUGACAAAAUUUCAAAACGAUAACGUAUCGAUGAUUAAUGAAUCAGAAACCGGAGUAAAUUUCCAACUCGAUGAAGCUACACAGAGUUUAAUGCAUAUCAUUAGGAAUGAUCCAAGUCCAGAAGUUCGGAGGGCAGCAAUGUUGAAUAUUGUACGUUCGAAAGCGACCCAGAAUGUUAUCUUGGAACGGGUACGAGAUGUUAAUUUCAUCAAUAGAAGAUUGGUGUUUACAAGAGUACUAAAGAGUUUGGGGAAGCAUACGUUCGAUGAGGUGGAUUCUGAUAUUUUAGAGAAACUGAUGACCUGGGGGUUUGAAGAUAGAGAUGAAACGGUUAGAAAUUCUUGUAAAAAAUUAGUUGCCUUCACCUGGUUGAACAUCCUGGACGGUGACAUCAUCGAUUUAUUGGAGAACAUUGACGUUGUGAACUCUACAUAUGCAGAACAAGCACUCUAUGCACUAUUUGAACAGAGGCCCGAUGUUAUAGAAAAAGUCAAAUUCCCAAAAGAAGUCUGGGAAACUUUUACCGUCGAAACUGUUUUCUUAUUAAAAUGUUUCUUCUUCCAUUGUUUGAACUGUAAUCUGGUUACCAUCAUAGAAGAGAAUUUCCCGGAAGCUUUGAAAUUCGCUGAAUAUCUUGCAUUUUAUUUGAAUAAAAGAGUAGGAGAGGACGAGACAUUAUCAAAAACAGAUUACAAAUAUCUAGAUUUUAUUUUGCAUCAGUUAUUGGAAAUUGCAUACAAGUACGAUUUUAGCGAUGAAGUUGGCAGAAGAGAUAUGUUAAAUAUAGUGAGAAAUUUCAUCGGAAAGGCUGUCAUGUUGAAUGAUGACUUAAUCAGAAUUUCAUUGAAAGUCUUGAAAAUAUUAUCCAUCAAUGAACGUGAUUUCGUAACAAUGACUGUGGAAAUCAUUAACGAUAUCAAAUACGAUGAUAUUGAAAAGCAAGAACUGCAAGAACUGCAAGAAGCAAGGACCAAGGAGAUAAGUGCACGCGGGAGUAAUAGUAUGGUUAAUGAUGAUGAAGAUGAAGAAAUGGACGAUAAUGCCGCUUUGGAAUCAUUCCAUUCGGCUGUUGGCAACUUAGUUUCAGGAAAAGCAGUGGAAGAAAACGAACAUAAAGACGAAGAAGAUGAAGCUGAACGAGAAAUACGUCCUCAGACGCUAAUUACCUGUUUGAGAAUGUCAAGACACCUUCUAGAACAGAUAAACACCUCUCUUGACGAAAAUGUAAUCGUCUCUUCGCUAAUUGAUACUUUGAUAACACCUGCCGUUAGAAAUCCUCAACCUGAAAUAAGAGAACUUGGUGUCAGAUGUUUGGGAUUAUGCUGCUUACUCGAUUUACAGCUAGCCACUGAGAGUAUCUAUAUUUUGGGUAUGUGUGUUUCUAAGGGUAAUGCCUCAUUGAAAUAUAUAGCAUUACAAGUGAUUGUUGAUAUUUUUUCUGUUCAUGGAACCAAAGUUGUCGAUGGUGAGGGUAAAGUGGAUUCCAUUUCGCUACAUAAAAUCUUUUACAAGAUCCUAAAAACGAACGACCUUCCUGAAUGCCAAGCAAUUGCAGCCGAGGGGUUAUGCAAGUUAUUUCUUGGUGAUAUUUUUACGGAUGAUGAUCUAUUUGAAACGUUGGUUCUAUCCUAUUUCUCACCAGUAAAUUCGACGAACGAGGCUUUAAUCCAGGCGUUCGCAUUCUGUCUACCAGUUUAUUGUCUUUCUCAUGUUAACCAUCAGUCCAGAAUGUCGAGAAUCGCUGCAGACGUGCUUUUAAGACUAACAAUGCUUUGGGAUGAACUACAGAAUUCAGACACUGCAGAUUCCUUUAGCAAGGAUUCAAUGCUCAAACCAAACGAAAUUUUCCACCAAUUGAUCUAUUGGUGCGAUCCUCGAGGUCUUGUAAACUCAGCUGAAGAAAUCGUAGAUUCGAAUACCUCGCAAGUUGACUUUUUGAUUGAUGUGUUAACCGUAUUCGAAAGGUUUGAAAGAAAGGACGUUAAAAAAAUGCUACUUAUGAACAUUCAGAAAUUUAGUGUUACUCCAAAACAGCCCAAAGUAAAACUAUUGAAGAUUAAGCAACUGUUAGAGGAGAUAAUGGAGUAUUCUAGCAUUGAUAAACUCUGCAAGAAUGCUAUUACAAAUUUCAUGACCAAAUUGUACUCUAUACUGUCGAAUUACGAUGAGAACGGAGAAGAAGUAGGCUUGUCGCAUGACAUGACAAAUGAAAGCUUAGGAGAAACUGGGACGGUCACUGAAUUAAGCGUGUCAGAAAUUUCCAAUAAUGGUUCGAAGGCAUCUACUUCAUUCACUGACUCCAACGUAGAAUCUAGAGGUACCAAAAGAAGUAGAGAGUCUGAAUCAGGUAGCGAUCCCGACUCUUCUUUAUCAACAGCAAAUACUCUAAAUGUAUCCAAAAGUGUAAGCUUUGCUAUCUCGGAUACUUGA